CAUUUUGCAUAGAUCCGAUAUCGUUGUGAGGUGAAGGCGAAAACCUUUCGUAUAGUAUAGUUCGCACAGUUGUUCAGUGUUGUCUUCAGUGUAUCGUCGACCGUCGUAGUGCGGAGAACACGAGUUCCUGUUUCUUACGAAGAAUAAUUAUUUAUCGCGUUCAUACAAAUGCUUAAUCGCUUUCGUAUAGCUCAUUUUUAUUUUCUUUUUAUUUUUCGGGAAAGUACGGAAGGAUAAUUGAUCUUUUUACGUCAUAAAACUGCGUGAAAGUAAGUAAUUGUUGCGUCUUGAGAAAGAAGAAGAAGAAGAAAACAAUAAAGAAGAUAAAAAGCAAGUGCGACAAUAUAUCAAAUUCUAGAUACGUUAAAAUAAACUGAUCGUUUCAUUCAUCGACGUAUCUGAUUAAGUGUAUAAACGUGUUUAAAGAGGUUUCGAUUACGUUUCGAGGUCUGUCGCCACGUUCUUUGCAUACAUAACAAGCUAAGCAAUUAAAAAGGAUCCUUCAAGUAUAAGAAAAAAAAGAAAAAACAGAGAAAAAACUUUAGUCUUUUUUUUUGUUUAGUAUUAUUAACGUUAUAUAACUAUCUCAGACAAUAAUUACAUGCAAAGUGAUCGAAUAAAAGGAAAAGAAAACAACGUUAUAAGAAGUAGAAGAAAAAUAUUAUUACUUUGUAAUUGGAAAAAGAAAUAAUGGAAAAAGAUACCGAGAAAAUGAGUUUAUUUCAUUUGAUUUAUAAUACGAUCAGUUUUCUCUUGUUCUGCGCGAAGAUUAUCGUCGAAAGAAUCGUUAGAAUAUUUAUUCCAGUCAAGUAUCAAAUGAAGGACAUUUCUGGCGAGGUUGCACUUGUAACAGGCGGAGGCGGAGGUCUAGGAAGAUUACUGGCACUAAGAUUAGCUAAUCUUGGAGUUAUCGUAGUUGUCUGGGAUAUUAACCAAGAAGGUAUCGAAGAAACAGUGAAAUUAGUCGAAGCUGCGGGUGGUACCUGUUACGGUUAUGUUUGCGAUCUUUGCAAUCGCGAGGAUAUUUAUAAGAAAGCAGCACUCUUAAGAGAAGAGGUUGGCAAGGUAUCGAUCUUGAUCAAUAAUGCAGGUGUAGUGAACGGUAUGAAAUUCUGCGAAACACCGGAUAAUCUUCUAAAACGUACGAUAGAUGUCAAUAUCAUGAGUCAUUUUUGGACAGUGAAAGCUUUCCUUCCGGCUAUGAUGGAAAGUAACAAAGGUCAUAUUGUUAGUAUAGCAAGUAUGGCUGGUUUCGCGGGGAUUCCUAAAUUGGUUGAUUACUGUACCUCUAAACACGCUGUUGUUGGAUUCGAUGAAGGAUUGAGAAUAGAAUUGGAGUACGAAGGAUACGAUAACAUUAAUACAACUGCAAUAUGUCCGUAUUUCUUACGCAGUACCGCCAUGUUCGGCAACAGAUACUCCGGAUCUUUACCAAAACUCAGUCCAAACGAUGUAGCAGAAAUAACCAUAAUGUCGUUGCGAUGCAAUCGUAAAUUGGUGAUGAUACCGAAUUUCUUUCAUUUCGUCGUACCUUUAAAAUGGAUUUUCCCAUGGCCAUGCGUUAGUAAACUCUUUCGUACAAUGGUCAAAGAUAUUUUACCUAAUUACGAAACAAACGAUAAAUCUACGACUAAUAAGAAAACGAAAGAAAUACCUGUCAAGGAUCAGAACGAUGCUGCGAUUCAUCAACAAUUGACCAGGCAUAUUUCCAGUUCGGAAAGAGAACCAUAGAAAUUUUUCUCCCAUAGGGUGGAUGAGAGGGGGGGGGAGGAAACGGAACGGGAAAACGGGACGGGUCAAAUUUUCUUUCUACAUGUUUUAUAGAACUUUUAUAUAAUAUGUCGUUGUAAAAAGACUGCGAAACGGAAAAACAACAGAAACUUGUAAUUUUGUACCACACAUAGAUAGCUCUUAUUAAUUAUAAUUGCUUUAUAAAUAUCAUCAACGUAAUUUUUAGCGAUAAAAACAUGAAACGGAUAGUUUGUUCGAGACACUCGCAACGAUUCUUUCGAUGGAACUUUCAAUACUUUUGCGUGUUAUUAUUUUCAUUCGAUUUUAUUAUAUUGCAGAGAUAAAUAAUUGUUUUAUUUAUUUGCUUAUGUGUUGAUAUGAAACUCGAUAACGUGUUACAGAAAAGAAAAAAACAUAAAAAACGAUUGUCGCGUUGCAAUAUGUAAAUUAUUGUAUUGGAAAUGUUUUAACAUAUUUCCACACAAUCAAUUGUUAAACAUAAUAAUGUAUUGUUAAUUAGUUCAUAGUGUUCGAUGACAAAUCAAUCGAACUUUAUUUAUACGACAGUAAUGAAAAUUUGAAUUUAAUGAACAAAAUGAAAGUGUCAUCAUAUUACAAUCGUGCGUUCUUGUUACAAGGAAACCCAUUACAAUAAAAAUUUAAAUAUAAUUAAUUAAUUAAAGCGUUUUUUGUAUAUGAUACAAAUCAGGGAUGUAGAUUUAUAAUAGUGAAGCACAAUCCGUCAUAAAGAUUCCCCCCAAAAAAACAAAAUAGUAAUCAUGAUUUAUUGAUCAAGGCUUGUUUAAUCCUCUACCAAAAUUCUCGAACAAUUUUAUAUGCCAAAAUCCAAACGCAUAUGCGAUAUUUUAUAAUUAAAAAGGUUGUGCAUCACUGAUCGGUAGCUAGCAACGUUAAUAGCAAGCAGUAUAAUUCUAAUUGGUUUUUGUCUUAUCUCUAAGUUAAUUUUUAUUCUUAAAAUAAUAAAUAAAUUAAUUAUCAAUAUAAAUAAUAAAGCAAUGUUUUAU